ACACCCCGCUUCAGGCGCAAUACUUGUCACUCAUUGGCUGGGCUCCACGUGUUGACAUGCGUCAUAGCGCAUAUGACGCUUUGCUUUUUUUGAAUCGGCUGUCCCAGAGCCGCGUUCGAUUGAGCAUCCAGACAAAUCCAUCGAAGGCGCGCCUCAUAAUCCCCCAUUCCCACGCUCGCACGUCACGAACAUGCAGCACCGAGGCGUUUUACAUUAAGAAAUAAUCUUAAAACAGCAGUUACAACCAUACUACCGCGUAUUACGUAACCCUUCGUUUGGACGAGUUAUAUAUCUCGGCUGCAUUCGGUGGGCGGGACCAACAUUUGGAGGAACCUGAAUGGCCAGCGCGGUGAUCUGCCUCUGCCUCGCCACUGAUGUAACGUCAACGCACUCAAGGUUACGGUACCACACCGGAGGGAAGAAUGGGCUCUCGUCCGCGGAGUGUCGCUCGGUCAGUCGCCAUCUGACAGGAUGCAUUUCGUUGAUUUUGUGUCCGGGUCGUUUGCAGGAGCGUGUGGAGUGGCGGUGGGCUACCCCCUGGACACCGUGAAGGUCCGGCUCCAAACCCAGAGGCAGUUCACUGGCAUAUGGCAGUGUGUCGCUGUGACGUUUUCCAAAGAAGGGGUGCACGGCUUCUUCAAAGGAAUGACCUUGCCCCUCGCCACGAUCGCUCUGACUUCCUCGGUGGUGUUCGGCACGUACAGGAACUGCCUGCAGUGUCUGACCCAGGCGCGCGGAGCUUGUUCUGCUCAAAGCGGCAAACUGGAUGUCUUCCUGUCCGGCAUGGCGGCCGGUGUGGCUCAGACAUCCGUGAUGGCUCCAGGCGACAUGGUGAAAGUGCGUCUCCAGUGUCAGACGGAGCCAAAGCGAGGAGGAGGAGGAGGGGGAGGGGGAGGAGGAGGCGGCGGCACGCACAAACCCAAGUACCGAGGUCCCGUUCACUGUCUCCUUCGCAUCGUGCAGGAGGAGGGGUUCAGGGGCCUCUACAGAGGAGCACUGCCGCUGAUGCUGAGAGACACCAUGUCGUACGCCACGUACUUCCUGACCUACGCCGCGGUGUGUGAACUGCUGACCGAGAGCGGCGAGAAAAGACCGAGUUGGAGCGGCGUGAUGCUGGCCGGCGGCGUGGCCGGAGUGGUGGGCUGGACGUGGGCCACCCCCAUGGACGUGAUCAAAUCCCGCCUGCAGAUGGACGGCGUGGCGCUGGGGACGAGGCGGUACAGGGGCUUCUUUCACUGCAUCGCGGACACGGCGAGGACGGACGGCGCCGGGGUGUUCUUCAGGAGCCUCGGCAUCAACUGGGCGCGCGCCUUCCCCGUCAACAUGGUGGUGUUUGUCACCUACGAGGGGCUCACCGGGCUCCUCCGAGACUGAGCUGCACGCGUCGACCCUCCUGUGCGUUGAGAGGUGCGGAGGGGAACGCGUUGGCUGCCCGUCUGCUUCUGACAGGGGGGGGGGGGAGGGGACGCCGGUCCGGACAUGGAUACGGGCAGAGACAUAUGGCAUGGGGGGACGGCGGUCUGGUGCGCCACCUUCAUGGAACCAUCGGGUUUAAUAUUUGCGUGGUGUAUUUUAAAAUGCUCAGGGGAGGGUAUAAUGCAGGACUGCCUACCUUUCGCCACUAGAUGGCCUCCCUGGCCCACUUCUUACAGAUUUUGUUGUAUUCAUGAGACAAGAGAACCAGAAACAGGAACUUUCUAGACCAGUGGUUCUCAACUGGUCUGGCUCCUGGACCCACCAUCACCCCUUAAUGACGAGCCGCAACCCAAAUCGAUCGGUUAACGGGGGGAUGGACAAACCGACAGUCCGCUCCAUUAGAAAAAGUCCCUUCAAAAUAAAAUCACAGGAUGAAUUUUUUUUAUUUUUUUUUUUAUUUUUUUUAUUUUCACAUGCAAAGGCCCGCGACCCACUAAAACGGGUCCGCGACCUACUAGUGAGUCGCGACCCACCAGUUGAGAAUCACUGUUCUAGACCACCUGUAAGUGAUGGUGUAAAAGAAUAUUUAAGGCCCCCAAACAGGCGCACACUAUAUCGUCAAUGACUGUGCUGCUCAGUAGCAACGUGGCCCGAAGCUGGACAACCGAAAUAAAACAUAAUAUUGUAAUUGUUUUGAACACAUUUUAGAAACUGGAUCUAUGAAGUCUUUAUUCUAUUUAUAGGAUUGCAACAAGGAACUAAACUCAGGAUGAUCUGUUCAUGUUUGCGUAUCGCUUUUGCACACAAGAAAUGUUACAGCCGUUUUUUAACAAAGUUUGAGAUGAUCAAUGCAAAUUGUGUCUGCGCACGUCCGUCUUUUUUGUUUGACUACAUCUUGCUCUCAAUCGUGCAUGUGGGAGGGGGGAGGGGGGGCUCAAUCAGGGUUUCUCUUCCAUGGGUAAAAUGUACAUUAUAUUUAGUGUAUUAGGCUCCUAUCACAGCAUCUCAUGGCAGGGUGAACUUCGAAAUGAACGAUGGUCCCGUUUUUUUUCGGUGUGUCACAGUAAUUCCAUUGAGCCCACAUGCACAGAGGGGACCCGGCCCCCCCGGAAUGGAACCGGGCCGUAAAUAAGGUCAUUACUAGUUCACCCAACGGAUGCACUUAUGAAAAAUGCAUAAUGUCGCUUUUGCAAUAAAGGAAUACAGAAAAAACGAAUGUGGUGUGCAAUGUGAUGUUCGCUGCAGACUAAAGAAGAAAGCUUUGUGAAAUAAAUAAAAUACUAACAAGCAAACACUAGGAAACUGAUUUAUUUACAUCAUUUGCCCUGAUAAAUAUUAGAUUCUAGCAUAUUUGUAGGAUUGUAUUAUAAAUUCAGCAGUCGGGAAGCAAGUGUCGUCUUCUACGACCUAACCAAAGUUUUUUUUUAUCAACAUGAAAUGCAUCCGCGUCACAAUGACGAUAUAAAGCAUAACGAUAAAGGGCCAGCUGAGGGUACGUGGGACACAGAUAUACACUGUUAAAUAAAGCCUACAGGUACUAGACAGAAAUAAAUACAUACAAAUACACGAAAAACAAUGAACUGCUUGACAACGAACCCCCCAAACAGGUGCUGCUGAAACGUGUCCUGCAUGAGGCACAGAUGAGAUUCUUACUCUUCUCAUUCUUCUGUGGGCUUGUACCACCAUCUACUGCACAGCAUGGACACUACCCUGAUGUAAUGUCACCCACACCCAAUGUCUGCAAACCCACGUAACCAAAAGGCAUGUGUUCACGCACGUCUCCGCCCCUUUAACAUGUACGCAAGUGAUGCUCCAACUAUAUCGAGCUCUAAAGGAACGUGCACAUCCAACUAGUUCCCGUGUAUCCCCCCCCACACCAUGAGUCUUGUGUGUCAUGUAUCACAAAGACAUUAAAAAGAAAACAACGGCCCUUCUAGCAUUUUUUGAACGUGGUGCAUAACUUUGCAGUUCAGGUGGUCAUAACGAGCAGUGACCUCACAGCCCUUGAUCUUUUGGCAGAACGCUGCUGCUGAAUCUCAACCCUUUUUUUUUUUUUUUUUGCUUCCGUUUUGAUCUCUGUUUCUGUCAGGCUUCCAGAAGCAGACGUGUCCCAACACUAAAUGCUAAAUUUCUAGGAAUAUCUGACUGUGUAACAAG